UAAGAAAAAAGAAAAGCUGGAAAGGCACAGAAGACAUCGAAUAUCCGUCUUGAUCCCAUAGCCUUUUCUCCUUCCUUCUUUUAUCUCUUCCCUAUAAAGCCGCAUUUUCUGCAGCCUCAGUUCAACAAUUCUUGGAUCAUCAUCAUCAUCAUCAUCUUCUUCUUCUUGUUCGUCAUCAUCUUCAUCAACAUCAUCUUCUUCAUCUUCAUCUUCUUCUUCUUCUUCUUCUUCAGCUGUAAUGAAAUUCGAAGAGCCGAACCAGAAUCAUCAUCAGUCCAAACAGAUAUGCAGAACCAUUCAAGUGGAUACAAUUGAUCACCAUCACACUAUUUCCUCGCUACUUGCAAUGGAGGCUUCCGAAUUCUGCGAUAAGGAUGGUGAUGAUGGCCUCUAUACCCCUCCUCUCAACUUUUCCAUGGUUGAUAAUGGCAUUUUCCGCUCCGGUUUCCCUGACUCUCCUAACUUCUCCUUCCUUCAAACCCUAGCUCUCCGUUCCAUUAUAUGUUUAUGUCCGGAGCCAUAUCCGGAACACAACAUGGACUUCCUCAAGUCUAACGGGAUUAGAUUGUUUCAAUUUGGAAUCGAAAGCUGUAAGGAGCCUUUUGUGAACAUCCCAGACGAUAUUAUUCGUGAAGCACUGAAAGUUGUCCUUGACGAUAGAAAUCAUCCACUUCUCAUACAUUGCAAAAGAGGAAAGCAUCGGACAGGCUGUCUUGUGGGAUGCCUGAGAAAAUUGCAGAGGUGGUGCCUCACUUCUGUGUUCGAUGAGUAUCAGAGAUUUGCAGCUGCGAAAGCAAGAAUUUCUGACCAGAGGUUUAUGGAGUUGUUUGAUAUCUCUGACUUGAAGCAUCUUCCCAUGUCGUUCUCAUGCUCAAAGAGCUCAUUGAUCAUCUGUGUCUCUGGUUCCUUCCAAGACGAAAGCACGUAGCUCAGUGGAAAAAGCAAGGCGACCACUCAAUCGAAGGUACUUUAUAUAUACAUCCCAUCAAUCAAUAAUUCCUAAUGUUUCGUUUCAAUAUGUUAUGGAAUCUCUUCAUUCAGUGUACUGGAAACUGUGUUUCUUUAUAAGAAAUGAUUAUUAACAUUAUGGAGUUUCAGUUUAACUCUUUGAUAAAAAUGAUUGGAGUGGCAUCUCAACUAGGUGGUGGGUGGUGGGCUAUAUGUUUGUGGCUUAAUAUUGGGGUCCAUAUAGAUGGAAUGAGUAGGAAUUCCAUUCCCUUAUUGAUUGAACUUUCAGUUUUUAGGUUGGUGCUGUGGAUGAUCACGAGCAAUGAUAGCGAAUUUGAUAGUGUUCUUUGGAUUUAGAUUCUAUCUCACUUGAGAUAUACUGAAUGUUUGUGAGUGAUUUUGAAAUGAUUAAAAAACACGAUAAAAUACAUCUUUAAUCACUAAAA